CCGGGGGGCGCUGGGCCUCUGCUGCAAGCUGACCCGCGCCCUGCUUCUCCCCCAGAGUCAGCCGAGGAGCACUUGGGAGAGACACCCCAGCACUGCGGGGACAGCGACUCUCCCAGCACUCACUGUUGAUGGGUGAGAUGACUGCGAGGAAGCAGGAGGCCGACGACUCGAUGGAGCCAGCAUGCAUGCUGUGUGGCCGGGCAGAGGCUGACCCGGACAUCUGCGGGUACAAACUACAGAAGCGAGGGCUCUGCGCCCAUCUCUUUUGCCUGGUGAGUGCCCCCGGGGCUCCCUCCAGCUUGCCGACAGGCAGCCCCGGCCACGCUCUCCUCCUCAUCACCUCCUUGUCUUGUCUUUCCUGCGCAGUUUUUUGCCAACAGCCUCUUCCAGAAAGAGUCCCACAACGUGGGCCUGAUGGGAUUCCCCCUGAGGGAUAUUCGCCAUACAGUCAAGCAGGCAUCACAGCAGGUAAGGAUUGGACAAGCUCAGGGAGAUCUGUGGUGCCACGGGAGCGGUGUGGGAGCUUAGCCCAGACCCCAAGAAAGAAAUCCCAGCCCUUCCAAGCAGCUCUGGGACAAAAGUCUCGCGCCCAGCAGCUCCACAGAGCCUCCACCCAGACCCAGCACAGGAGCCUCGUGCGCCGGGCGCAUCCGCGGGCUCUAACCCGUCAGUGGGGCAGCAUCCUGCGCCUGCCCGGAGGCGUGGGGCUGGCUCUGGAGGCCCUGAGGCUGCCGCUGAUGGGGGCUGCUCUGCUCUUUCCAGCGCUGCUUCGUCUGUG